CUUAUUGAAGUCGUCUAUAAGGCUGUCUGGUCAUUUAAAAAUAAAUUAUGUAGAACCAGCUAAACCCAUACCACCUUCUUUAUAAGUAUUAUAAUGUAAAUUAUGUUUUAAAAUAUCAAUCAAGCAACAUAUUAUAUAUCUAUGAUGAUCCACCAGCCCAGUUUUGACGCUUUUGACUUUUGAUUCCUUUUCGAGGCUUUAGUUUCAGGCCAUAGGAAUAUUUGAGUUCCUCAAGCUUUCACAAAAGAAACUUUUUUGUUAUUCUUUUGUUGCUUUUGUUUUCUCUGAAUCCCAUUAGUUGCUGUAUCUAUUCUUUUAGACAGAGGAAAGGAUGGUUGUCGGGGAGAUCUUUCUCACUGGCCACUAGGGUAUUGGAAAAGUUUGCACGUCAGAAGGGAAUUGAUACUCAGUUGAAGAAGUUGAGCAAGACGCUGCUCAUAAUUCAAGCCGUGAUCGGUGAGGCAGAGGAGAAGCAGAUAACAGACAGAGCUGUGAGAUGUGGCUGGAGGAUCUCAACGACCUGGCUUAUGAUUUGGAUGAUUUGUUGGACCAGUUUGCCACCGAAGCUUUGCGAUGCCAGUUGAUGGAUCAGGAACCUAAUGCCAGCACCAGCAUGGUGCGAAAACUCAUCCCUACUUCUUGUACUAGCUUCACUAUUCCUGGUGCUUUUAUUUUUGAUUGUCAUUUGAGGUCCAAGAUAGAAAAUAUCACUGCCAGGUUACAAGAGAUCGCAGCACAGAAAAAUGACCUGGGUUUGGAAAAAAAUGCUAGAGGGGUGAGAGAAAGAUUGCCCCUGCCUGUCUGGGCAAACAAAUCUGAUAUUUAUGGCAGAGAAAAUGAUCAAGAGGCAAUACUUGAGUUGUUGUUAAGGGGCAAUAGAAAUGAUGAUGUUGGACCCUCUGUCAUUCCAAUUGUGGGUAUGGGAGGUGUUGGUAAAACAACUCUUGCCCAGCUGGUGUAUGAUGAUGAGAGUUUGGAGAGUCAUUUUGAUUUGAAGGUUUGGGCUCAUGUUUCUGAUCAUUUUGAUGUUUUUAGGAUAAAGACGGUUCUUGAAUCAAUCACCUCAAGUGCUUGGAAUUUCGAGGAUCAAAAUAAGCUUAUGACUAAACUAAAAGAAAAGUUGUCCGGUAAAAAGUUUCUUCUUGUUUUGGAUGAUAUUUGGAAUGAGAAUUCUAUAGAGUGCGACAACCUACUUAGUCCUUUUUCAGUUGGGGCACCAGGAAGGAAAAUUAUUAUUACAAGUCGUAGUGACAAUGUCGCAUCAAUCAUGAGAACUGUUCCCACUCUCUAUUUAAAGGAAUUAAAUGAUGGCGAUUGUCCAUCUUUAUUUGCUCAAAAUGCACUCAAAAGAAGAAAUUUCGAUGCACAUCCGGGUCUCAAAGAAGUUGGUGAGAAAAUAGUGAAAAAAUGCAAUGGCUUACCUUUGGCAGCAAAGACGCUUGGAGGCCUCUUACGAAAUAAGUUACGCCAAGAUGAGUGGAAAGAUAUAUUAAACAGCAAGAUAUGGGAGCUACCGCCAGGGAGAAGUGGUAUUCUUCUGACUCUUAGAUUAAGCUACCAUCAUCUUCCUUCACAUUUGAAGCGAUGGUUUGCUUACUGCUCAAUAUUUCCAAAGGGUUAUGAAUUUGACAAAUAUGAAGUAAUUUUGUUAUGGAUGGCGGAAGGUCUUUUACAACUAUCCGAAGGGAAAAAAGAAAUGGAAGGUUUUGGCAGAGAAUGUUUUGAUGGUUUAUUAUCAAUAUCAUUUUUCCAACAAUCAAGUGACAAGAAGACUGGAUUUGUGAUGCAUGACCUCAUAAGUGAUCUAGCUCAAUUUGUUGCUGGAGAUAUAUGUUUCAGGAUAGUUGAUAAUUUUGAUGGUAAUGGGCAAAUUGCAGUUUCUAAACGGGCUCGCCAGUUGUCUUACACUAGUCAACGAUACGGAGUCUUUCACAACUUUGAGAAUCUUUAUGAAGUUCAAGGUUUGCGUACUUUUCUAUCAUUACCAGUUCACAGUGUGUCUAGCUGGCCAAAAUAUCAGUACUUAAGCAACAGUUUCUUGUCCGAUUUAUUGCCUAAAUUACAAGCCUUAUGGGUAUUGUCUUUGUCUGGUUAUGAAAUAAGUGAGCUACCAAAUUCAAUUGGCAACUUGAAGCAUCUACGGUACCUCAAUUUAUCUUAUAAUUCGAUCCAAUUGUUACCUAAAUCUGUGGGUACUUUGUACAAUUUGCAUACACUAUCAUUGCGCAACUGCAAAGCUCUACGUAUGUUGCCUGCAAGCAUUGUUAAUUUAAUUAACCUAUGUCAUCUUGACAAUGCUAACACUGAGCUGUUAGAAGAGAUGCCUUUGGGGAUUGGCAGAUUGACAAAUUUGCCAACAUUGUCAAAGAUUAUUGUGGAACAAGGCAAUGGGUCAAGACUAACGGAGUUGAAGCACUUAUUUCAUCUACGCGGAAUGCUUUCUAUUGUGAAGUUAGAAAAUGUAAUGGAUGUUCAAGAAGCAAUGGAGGCCAAUUUAAUGGGUAAGCAAGACCUUGAUGAAUUAGAGUUGACAUGGGGCAAAAAUGUCAAUAAUUCUCAAAAUGAAAUACUUGAAAUGGAUGUACUCAACCUGCUAAAACCACAUGGAAACUUAAAAAAGCUCAAAGUUGAGUUCUAUGGUGGAAGGAGUUUUCCAAAUUGGAUAGGAGAUCCAACAUUUUCUGAAAUGGUGAAUCUAAGUCCUAUUGGUUGUGCGAAAUGUAAAUCUUGACCACCACUUGGACAGCUACCCUUGCUCAAAGACCUAUGCAUU